CGCCCCCAAAACAAUUUCAAACCUCGCGUCGGCCGCCGAGCCCAUUUCAAACCCGGAAAAACCCCAAGCGCACCGAGGAAGCGGCGAGAAGCGUCGGUGGUGGUCCCUUACCCCCCCUCCCUCCCCUCCACUCCAAAGCGGACAAACCCAAGCACGCGCCCAAUCCGACUCGGGUUUCCUUCUCGCCCCCCCCCCCCCUUCUCCGUGGAGAGAUCUGACGGCGGCGAUGCCACUGGGGGACGGCGCGGCGGCGAUGGGGGCGGGGGACUUCGCGCUGCCGGACGAGGUCCUGGCGGCGCUGCCGCGGGACCCCUACGAGCAGCUGGAUCUGGCGCGCCGCAUCACGGCGAUGGCCGUGGCCGGGCGGGUGUCCGGGCUGGAGCGGGAGGCGGGGCGGCUCCGGGCCGAGGCCGCGGAGAAGGACCGCGAGAACGCGGAGCUGCGGGAGCGGGUGGGGCUGCUCGACACCGCGCUGCAGGAGACCAAUGCCAAGCUCCGCGCCGCGCUCGAGGACAAUAUUAAGCUCAGCAAGGAGCGGGACUCGCUGGCGCAGACGUCCAAGAAGCUGGCGCGCGACCUGCAGAAACUGGAGUCAUUCAAGAGGCAUCUGAUGCAGUCAUUGCGAGAUGAUAGUUCAUCGCCUCAAGAAACAGUUGACAUUACAACGUGUGAUCAGUCAGUAGCAUCAAAAGCGUCGUCAUGUGGAGAUGGUGGAUCUUUCAGUCACCCUAUGCCAAGUAUAUUGAGCAAGUCUUUGGAUGUUGGAAGUACAAACCGAGAAGGUACAGCGACAAGGCCUCCUAUCCAAAAAUAUGCUCUCUCAUCACACAUCACUCCUCGCCUUACCCCGGAAACCACUCCUAAAAUAUUGUCCACCUCAACUUCUCCAAGGCGAAUGUCUACCACAGCAACACCAAAAUUGAUGUCUAGUGCUACAUCACCAACAAGAGCCCGAAUUGAAGGGCACAUGUCAAUGACACCAUGGUAUCCAUCAAACAAGCAAUCCUCUGCGGCUAACUCUCCUCCACGAGGACGGCCCAACCCAGGUCGCACUCCUCGCAUUGAUGGAAAGGAGUUUUUCCGUCAGGCCAGGAGUCGUCUAUCAUACGAACAAUUUGGAGCAUUCUUAGCCAACAUCAAAGAGCUCAAUGCCCAUAAGCAGUCACGGGAGGAAACUCUCAAGAAAGCUGAAGAGAUCUUUGGUCCAGACAACAAAGAUCUGUACCUAUCUUUCCAAGGUUUGCUAAAUCGUAGCAUGCCAUAGGCUUCAUGUUUCUCUUGAUAACUAAGUUGCUGCACUAGCAACAUAUUGCCAUCUAGUUGCCGAUUGCAAGGUCCAGUUGCAAGUUUUGCUACCCAUAAUCCACAUUUGGUGGAACGAUCAGACCUCUCUGAACAACUGAGUGUGCAACUGGUGUUGCUUCUGUAAGUGGUGUACUUGCGGGAAUCGGAUGGCAUUUCAUUGCCUCAAUUAGCAUCCAGUCUCCAGUCUGUCAUGGUGCCUAUCCUUGUAAAAUCGCGAAACAAACAAACAUGAGAGUAAUAUUUUCAUUUAUCCCUAUCUUAAUCUUCA